AGAGGAGAAGGGGGGCGGUGAUGAGGGUGCUCAGAGCUCCGUUCCUGCAUCAGCGUCUCCUGGCCCCAUGUUCACAUCUGUUUCCUGCUCUGUUUGGACAUCCCUAGGUCUAGAUGGUCUCUUUAAUGUAAACAGAAAGCCUUCCUUGGGGGGAGGCUGUCCCCCUCCCUGCAAACACGCUUUUUAUGUACUUCCGCCUUCUCCUCCGAACCAGGAUGAAUGGCAGAAACAGCACGUGUGCUAAAUCGUAGAAUGGGGUGGGGAUCAGGUUCAAUCAGCCCACCGCCUCUUCUGCACCUGCUGAAGUGAGCAGGUUUACGGGACAGGCCGUGGGAGCCUGUCCGUCCUUGGAACUUUGUGCGCCAGUACUCAAGCGGCAGUCCGUGCAUGGGACACACCGCCAGUCGCCUCUGCUAGAAGAUUGAGCCCUUGACCCUAAGGCACCCUGGGGGCCACUUGUAGCUUCUGAGGCGCGAAGAGCAGUGUGGGAGGGGAAGUCAAAAAAGGGCUGUGCUUAGGGGAGCCCCAGGACCGAAAAUGAUCCCCUUUCACUGAGGUCACGUGAUGCAGGAAACCAGGAGACCAAGUCUCCACCCCAGCAACCAACAGAGAGAAAGGGUCCGCAGGUGCCCAUGCGCUUGUGUGGACACAGGCUGGGGGUGCCCCACGCGGGUGGCGGGUGCGCGGACGGCAGGGCGGGCUCAGCCUGUCUGAACUUUUUUCUUUUGCCUCCACCUCCCUCUCAGUUUCCUCUUCGGCUUUGGACUCCACAGCGAGACUUGGGUAGCCCGCACAAAUGAGGAGAAGGAGAGGUGGCUGCGGCUGCGGGCGGGAUUCUCCUGCCUGGAAGCCAUGGUUCUGUGUGUACCCUUGCGUUCCAACAGAUCCCUCUCCCACACACCCAGAGUAAAUCCCCGCCUGCUUCGACCUUCCCCCUGGGGUGGGGGACGGCAGUGGGACUCUCUGUCCCAUUCAAAUCCUUGUUCUUCCUUAUCUCAAAUCUCAACCCUUUGAGUUAAGAAACCGGAUAAGAUCUGGUCCGCUGCCUUUUAAGAUUACCUUCAUCUCGGAUAGUAGUCAAUUUCUAACAUGUUUGCCAUAGGCUUCUGGGGUCGUAUUUCUCCACACUUACAUGGAUCGCUUCUCCCUCCUGGAGAUUUAUAUGAAUUAAAUGUUUUGGAAGAGCCCCGACUUACGCUGACUGAGGAGGUAUGAGUUCUAGUGUCUCACAAGGAGCAUGGUCCAGCAACAGUCUGCUGGGAUCUGGAAGGAGAUUGGAAGUCCUGGUGGCCUCGUGGCCUUAGAGCCCCCCGAGUAGGGCAGGGUGAGGUGGGCAGCAGAGAGCCCGAUGCGGGCCUCGAUCCCAGAACCCUGGGAUCAUGCUUAACCAACUGAGCCACCCAGGGGCCCCUAUAACCUGCCAAGUAUUUUUUUAACACACGGCUCUUCUCCAUUAACGUGUCAUGAUGGAUUAAUCUGUGAGAUAAUCAGCUCCCCAGAGCCGGCCACCUAAGUCGACAGAACACAGGAAACAUGUUCUGAAAUGGAGAGAAUGAAUCUGAAACAAUUUCGUGUUUGGCUCCCAUUCCCGAGGGCAAGGCCCCCAAAGGGAAUGACAGGGCAAGGGGACAGCGAGGAGGAUCUCAGGAAGAACAGCAUAGGAUGAAGUUCCUGGUCCCCGGACACUGUUAUGAAAUGUUAUGGAGCGCGAGGGAAGGAAGUCACAUUUCUUAAGCAGCAAAUGCCAAUUAAUGCUUCAUUUAUUCCAUUAAAUCUUCACAUUGCCUCUGUGAGGCUGGUGUUAGGAGCUCUGCCUUUAAGGAUGGAUGGGUUAAUACAGAGGGGUGUGGUCAGCUACCUGAGGUCACAGAGGACAGAAAUGGUUCCAGCCCAAACCCACCCAGCUCUGUCCCACCAGCUCGAUUGGUUUCCCAGUGUUACUGGGGGCCACAAUCACCUAAGGAGCUUGGAAACCAUGUGGAUUCCAGGCCUCCACACCAGCGAGCCGGAUCUCUGGGGCCCAGGAGUCUACAUUCUAGAACUAGCCCAGGUGCCUCUCCCCAGCUGGUCCACAGGGCCAAGUUUGGGAAGGACUGCAGCUUCCUCUGGGACACCCAGGGUGGUUAAUAGACGGGUCUCUUCAGCAAGGAAAGCCUGGGUUCCCCCAGGUGUGCUCAGUUUCUCUUUCUCCUUCCACGUAUAACUCUCGGCGCUCUUACCCCACUGCCAGCGAGUGGAGCUGCGCUUAAAUCGCAACACCCCCGCCCCCGCACUGGAUUUGGAGGGAUAUACUUUAUUUACAUGGCGUUGGCUGCUCUGUUUGAGGCUAAAAUGUGAAGACAACUUGGACAAGAACACUGACAUAUUUGGGUAGAGAUGGACAAGAGAUCACAAGUAGGCAGAGAGGCAGGCAAAGAAAGAGGAGGAAGCAGGCUCCCUGCUGAGCAGAGAGCUCGAUGCAAGGCUCGAUCCCAGGACCCUGGGAUCAUGACCUGAGCUGAAGGCAGAGGCUUUAACCCACUGAGCCACCCAGGCGCCCCUUGAACAGUACUGAGAUGAGGAGGCCGGGAGACCGCGUCACUGAGAAUGUCUCCUUUCCUUUGUUCCCAUCCAAGCUGACUUUCGGCUCCGUGCACGUUGCCUUGGGGGACAUGUGCAGGAGGCGCUCUGAGAGCCCCGAAUCCAGGAAUCCAGUUCGCUCAUCAGACCGAAUCAGGAAAUUAACACUUCCUGCCUCGUGAAUGCUCGCGAGCUUGCAGCCACCUGUUCCCUCAUUCGCUGGAUGUUUACUGAGCUGCUACCGCGGGCCAGUUUUGAAAUUUUAAAGCACAGUCAAGAAAUGAUUUGGCAACAGUUAAGAAAUCACAAGUUCCCUUCUUCCCACAUAAACUUCUGCAAACUGCAUGCCGGGUUCUGCUGGUGGUAAAGCCGCCGAGUUCAGGAAGUUGGCCAGUUUCUUUGCUCUGAGCACACCGAGUAACAGAGGGGAGCCCUCCCUGGUGCUGCAGGUGACCGAUGAGAAAUUAGGACGACAGAGCCUGGAAAACAUGACCCUCCCAUCUUUGUUUCUGACCUGCCUUUUCCUGCUCAUCUCUGAUUCCUACGAGUUCUUCAAUAAAGCAAAUUAUUCUAGAAGCUAUCCUUGUGAUGAGAAAAGACAAAAUGGCUCUGUGAUUGCAGAAUGCAACGGCCGUCGACUGAGAGAAGUUCCCCAAACCGUGGGCAAGUAUGUGACAGCACUAGACCUCUCUGAUAAUUACAUUACACACAUAACAAAUGAAUCAUUUCAAGGGCUGCAGAAUCUUACUAAAAUAAAUCUAAACCACAAUAGCAAUCCGCAGCACCUGAAUGAAAACCCUGAUAUAAACAAAAAAGGCAUGAAUAUCACAGAUGGGGCGUUCCUCAACCUACAAAACUUAAAGCAAUUACUGCUUGAAGACAACCAGUUAUACCAAGUACCUGGUGGCUUGCCAGGGUCUUUGAAGGAACUUAGUCUCAUUAAAAACAACAUAAUUUCGGUAACUAAAAAGAACACUUCUGGCCUUACCAAUCUGGAAAGGCUCUACUUGAGCUGGAACUGCUAUUUUGGCAAUAAUUGUGUUAAUAAAACUUUUCACAUAGAAAACGGAACAUUUGAAAGUCUUACGAAUUUGCAGGUGCUGUCCCUGUCUUUUAAUAAGCUUAUCUGUGUGCCACCUAAGCUGCCAGACUCCCUAAGAGAACUUUAUCUCAGCAAUGCCAAGAUUAAAAGCAUCAAGCAGGAAGAUUUCAAGGGACUGAGACAUUUAAGAGUCCUAGAUUUAAGUGGGAACUGCCCGAGGUGUUUCAACGCCCCAUUUCCCUGUACACCUUGUAAAGGAGGCUCUUCAAUUCAGAUCCAUCCUCUUGCUUUUCAAAACCUGACGGAACUUCGCUACCUAAACCUCUCUAGCACUUCUCUCCGGAAGAUUCCCGUAACGUGGUUUGAGAAUAUGCCCAGGCUGAAGGUUCUGCAUUUGGAAUUCAAUUACUUAGUGGAUGAAAUAGCCUCUGGGGAAUUUUUAAUGAAACUGCCCUCCUUGGAAAUACUUGACUUAUCUUUUAACUACAAAAUGGCAAAAUAUCCAAAAUAUAUUAAUAUUUCCCAAAACUUCUCUAAUCUUAAGCUGCUCCAGGCGCUGCACUUAAGAGGUUACGUGUUCCAGGAACUUACAGCAAAAAACUUCCAUCCCCUGAAGGGUCUCCCACAUCUAAGGACUAUCAACUUGGGCAUCAACUUUAUUAAGCAAAUUAAUUUUACCCUCUUCCAAGAUUUCCCCAAUCUGACGAUCAUUUACUUGUCAGAAAACCGAAUAUCACCCUUGGUAAAUGAUAUCCAGCAAAAUGACGAAAAUGGUUACUCCUCUCCAAGUCAUGUGCUUAAGCCACGCUCAGCAGAUUUUGAGUUUGACCCACAUUCAAAUUUUUAUCAUAAUACCCAUCCUUUAAUAAAGCCGCAAUGCACAGCUUAUGGCAAAGCCUUAGAUUUAAGUCUGAACAGUAUUUUCUUCAUCGGGCGAGAGCAAUUUGAAGCUUUUCAUGACAUUGCCUGCUUAAAUCUGUCUUCAAAUGGCAAUGGUCAAGUGUUAAAUGGAACUGAAUUUUCAGCUGUGCCGCAUAUCAAAUAUUUGGAUCUGACCAACAAUAGAUUAGACUUUGACGAUGACAAUGCUCUCAGUGAUCUACCCGAGUUAGAAGUUCUAGAUCUCAGCUACAAUGCACACUACUUCCGAAUAGCAGGGGUGACGCAUCGCCUGGGAUUUAUUCAAAAUUUAACACAACUGAAAGUUUUAAACUUGAGCCACAAUGGCAUUUAUACUUUAACAGAGCAAGACCUGAGAAGCAUGUCCCUAGAAGAAUUAAUUUUCAGAGGAAACCACCUUGACAUUUUGUGGAAUGCUGAAGGUGACAAGUACUGGAAAAUUUUUACAAGUCUCAGGAACCUGACACGGCUCGAUUUGUCCUUGAAUAACCUUCAUCUUAUCCCAAACGAAGCUUUUUUGAACUUGCCCCAGAGUCUCACCCAACUAUACAUAAAUAAUAACAUGUUAAAUUUCUUUAACUGGACUUUACUCCAACACUUUCCACAUCUCCACUUGCUGGACUUGAGUGGAAACAGGCUAUCCUCUUUAACUAACAGCCUCUCCAAAUUCACGCCUUCCCUGAGGACGCUGCUACUACGUCGAAACAGGAUUUCACACCUGCCCUCCAACUUUCUUUCCGAAGCCAGCGGUCUGAUCCACCUCGAUUUGAGUUCCAACCUGCUGAAGAUGAUCAACAAGUCCACGCUUCAAACGAAGACCAACACCAGUUUAACCAUUUUGAAACUAGAUAGAAACCCUUUUGACUGUACCUGUGACAUUGGAGAUUUUCGAAGAUGGAUGGACGAAAAUCUGGAUGUCACCAUCCCUCGGCUGACGGACGUGAUCUGCUCUAGUCCUGGGGAUCAGAAAGGGAAGAGCAUCAUGAGUCUGGAGCUAACAACCUGUAUUUCAGAUACCAUCGCGGCAGUGCUGUGUUUCUUCACGUCCUUAAUCACCAUCACCGUGAUGUUGGCUGCCUUGGGUCACCACUGGUUUUACUGGGAUGUUUGGUUUAUCUACCACGUGUGUCUAGCUAAGGUAAAAGGCUACAGGUCUCUUUCCACGUCCCAAACUUUCUAUGAUGCCUAUGUUUCUUACGACACCAAAGAUGCGUCGGUUACGGACUGGGUGAUAAAUGAACUGCGUUUCCACCUAGAGGAGAGCGAAGGGAAAAAUGUGCUCCUGUGUUUAGAGGAGAGGGAUUGGGACCCUGGAUUAGCCAUCAUUGAUAACCUCAUGCAGAGCAUAAACCAAAGCAAGAAAACUAUAUUCGUCUUAACCAAAGAAUAUGCUCAAAACUGGAACUUCAAAACAGCAUUCUACUUAGCCUUGCAGCGGCUCAUGGAAGAGAACAUGGAUGUGAUCGUAUUUAUUCUGCUGGAGCCCGUGUUACAGCAUUCUCAGUAUUUGAGGCUGCGGCAGAGGAUCUGCAAGAGCUCCAUCCUUCAAUGGCCCGACAACCCCAAGGCGGAAGGCUUAUUUUGGCAAAGUCUGAAAAACGUAGUCUUAACAGAAAACAAUUCCCGUUAUAACAAUUUGUAUGUUGAUUCCAUUAAACAGUACUAACGGAUGUUAAGCCACGGCUCACCAGCAUAAUAAAAAUGCAAAGCAAUUA